AUGGAUCAUGAAUUCGUUUCUCUUCUCGAAAAGAUUGAAAGCAAGUCUUCAGUUUGUCUUGACAUUGAGACAAGGUGGAAUUCUACAUACUUAAUGUUGGAGGCUGCCACAAAAUUUGAAAAAGCCUUUGAGCGGAUGAAAGAAGAUAACUCGAAUUAUAAGAUUUACUUUAAAUUGGGUGACAAAGAUGAUGAAGACAAUGAUCGAGACCAAUUAAUUGGUGGGGAGCAAACUUCUCAAAAAAGAAAGGUGACAUCUAAUUUGUUUCUUCAAGAAAUUGUAGAUGUGCAUGCUAAACUGAAGUAUUUGUCGAGACACAAUGAUCCAAAAGUGAGCCUUAUGGGACUCAAAAUGCAAGAGAAGUUCGUUAAAUAUUGGGAAAGUUUUGAUAAGCUGAACCUUUUUGUUUAUGUUGGAACUGUAUUGGAUCCACGGUACAAAUUGAGGUUCGUAACAUUUUGUCUUAACCAAGUUUAUGAAGAUGAUAGUGCCAUGUCGAGUUUAAUGGAAGAGGAAGUUAGAAAAGUAUUGACUCGUUUGUACGAGUAUUAUAAGCAGCGUACUCCUGGUCAAAAUUCUGAAAAUGUGCCUUCAAGCUCAAGUCAAGCUCUCUUUGAUGUUAUGGACAUAGAUGAUGGUCUGGGAACUGGUAAGUAUUUAGCUUCUCAAUUUGCAAAACAGUUGGAGAAAAAUGAAUGUGUUAAAAGUAAGUCAGAACUUGCUAGAUAUUUAGAAGAGAGUUGUGAAAAAGAUGUGGAGUCUUUUGAUUUGUUGAGAUGGUGGAAGGAAAAUUCUAUCAGGUUCCCAAUUAUUUCUGAAAUAGCUAGAGAUAUUUUGGCCAUUUCCAUCUCUACUGUGGCAUCCGAAUCAGCCUUCAGUACAAGUGGACGCAUUCUAGAUCCAUAUCGAAGUUCUCUUAAUCCUGAAAUGGUAGAGGCUCUUCCAUUGAAGAAUAAUAUGUCGAAUUUGGCUUCGUUAAGCCAAAGUCAAAAGAAGACAACUAAAAAACCGAAGGUGAAAGCCCUAUCCAUCAUCCAACUUGGUGUAGAUGACGGUAACUAUAAGAAACUUCCUCAAGCUACUACUACUACAAACAAUUAUAGUGAUGCUUUCAAAGGCAUAUGGAUAAGGCGAAAAAUAAAAAUUACAAAAAAUAUAAAAGAAUUAUCUGAUGGCUAA